AUGAGUAUUACUGAGAGUGAGGCCAAUUUUAGCUCCCGGGCUGCGAAACUCGGCUUGAAAGCUGAGGUGCUUCAGCUGCUUGUCGAUGGUGGCGUCAACACUCUUGCCAAAUUUGCGUAUGUGAGCAGCUUCAUUCCGGGUCAGAGUGAUGAGGGUCCUUUUGUGACUUCCAUAAAGGACUUGUUGAAGAGGGAUGCUACCGUGGGGGAGCUUUCGGUGCUGCGCCGAUUGCACUCUGAGGCCGAGCUUAAAUCUCAGGUUGAGCGCACCACCGAUGCACCAGCGAGGAGCCUUGCCGCUCCUGACCGAGCAGAUCGUCUGGCUCGUCAAGUGGUGCGGUAUCCAGGCUUGACCAUCGCCGGGCCUAAUGAACCGAGUGACAGGUCAGUGGACAAGUGUUGUCAAAUGUAUGAAAACAAUCGCCUUACAUAUCUUCCGCUGAGUUGGUGCAUGAGCAAGGACGAUGAGACUCGGAAUUCCCGGGACAAGGAGGAUCGUACCCUCACAGUUGACAAUAGCGGUAAUGUGCACAUCAAGAACGCCGACAUUCGAGGUGAGGCCGACUUGAGCACUGACUUGUUACUGAAGUUCGCCCUCACUCGGCGAGGACUCGCGAUGGAACAGGCCGGAUUGUUAGGUUUCAAAGAACAUGAGAAAUGGGCUGAGCGCCUGUUGCACUCCAGAUAUCGUGAGGUGCCUUCGGGAUACACCCGAGUCAGCAUACAGCAGCUGCUUCAAGCCGAUAAGCAAUUGUUUGUCACCGCUGCUAAUGAGUGUCGCAGUGGAGUGCAAGUCACGGAGACCGGUCGUCCAUUGGACGAGGCGUGGAUGCGUUGCGCCGAUUUGACCGAGGUGUCUCAUUUGCUCGCUCCUCUCGCGUCGCCUCCUCCCGCUAAGGUUCCCUUUGAAAGACCCACUCCGUAUGGCCGUGGCAAAGGUCGGGGCAAAGGUUCUGGUAAGGGUAAGCAACCGUCGCGCCGCGAGGUGACCAUGCCAGAGGACCUAAAGGACGGGCACGCAAACACCCCGAAAGGAGUGCCCAUUUGCUUUGAUGCUCAGAGGGGCAAAUGCACUAGGCAAUUGACAGGCAACAAGUGCUUCAGGGGUGCUCACGCUCCUGCUCCCAAGAUUGCACGCGUUUCACUUCAAACCAAUCUUCAGGCUGAUGAGGUCAAGGCCAUCGAUGAAAUUGAGUCGAUCAGUAGCGCAAGUCUUGAUCACGAAUUCAAGGGUUCGGUCGAGGAUCGAGCUCUGACCCUGCUGAACAAUGCUGGUGUUGUUUCCCCCACUGAUUUACUUGAGAUCUUCCAAUCACUCCCCACAGAGGCUUCCGUCCGAGGUGACCCAUCACAAGGGGUCUCCUUCUCGACAGGUGCCUAUUGCAGAGUCAAGGUUGGGCUGCGACGUAAUGUCUUGCUCUUCCCGAAUGUGACAAAGUUGGCCGCGCGCUUUGUGCGACAGCAGCUGCCCAGCUUAAAGUUCACGAGCUUAGCAUUCUUUCGCAACGUUCAAACCACACCUCAUGUGGAUGCGCAUAAUUCUUCUUUGCCCAAUGCUGUGUGUGCACUGUCUGACUUCGAUCAGGGACAGGUGUGGGUUGAGAGACCAGGCGGCCAAGCUUGGUGCGAUGUUGAUGGCGAACUACGCAGUGGAGUCGAACUCAGCUUGGACGGGAGUCAUGCCGUCUUCACCGCUCGACGUUUGACUCACGCCACUAGGAAUUGGUCGGGUGAUAGAGUGGUGUUAGUUGCUUUUUCAGUCUCCGCCAUUGAUCACCUUAGUGAGACUGAUAGUGCUACACUGACCGAUUUGGAAUUUCAGCUCCCGAUGCAAGCCGACAUUCUUGAUGCCGAACAGUCACCUCCGGUUUGCUAUGAAGCGCCGGUCGUUACCGGGGGGUGUGCUACUGAUGAGUUUCCAAAACCACUCGGCCUCGCACAACCAGUGACUUCCCCGCCUCUAGCUUCCUCCAAGUCGGGUUUAGCCCCCGUAGAAGAUUCCGUAGGGUCUACUGGUCAGGUUCAGGCCAAGCCGGUUGACCAGCCUGGUAUUGUGCUCGAGCUGUUUGCCCGUGCAGGCUCUUUGUCCCGAGCCUUUCAUCAGAUUGGCUUUGAGGUCAUGCCCAUAGAUAGGGGAAGUCACCGGCUUCCGUUGGCCAAGUUGUGCUCACUGGAUCUUGCCUUGCCGAGCUCGUGGCAGUAUCUUUCGCAUGUGCUUGACAACUAUCAUGUUCGGUACGUGCACAUUGAUCUGCCGUAUGCCACCUAUGGACCUAAGCAGGGCCUCCGACGACUGUCCCAUGGAUCUGUAGUUCCUGUAGGAGGCGCCGACGCCUCUCAGGUUCAAAGGCUCGCAUUGGCCGACUCCUUGUUGGAACAUGUCAUCACCUUCUUAAAACGAGUUCAACAAAUGGGCAUCGCCUGGUCCAUUGAGCAUCCGCAGUCCAGCUUCCUGUGGCAUAUGCCUGCUGUGCGCCAGCUCACCAACACCACUACCGUGGUGUACGAUUUGUGUGCCUUCGAUUCUCCGCAUCGCUUGCGGAGGCAACUGCUAACGUCUUGUAGUGCACUCAAGUGUUUACAACAAGUGUGCCAUGGUAAUCACAGUCACACGCCUGUGACUGGCGGUGUUGAUACUCAUCCCAGGCUUUUCUGUCAGCAGGUUGCCCACGCCGUGGCUAAACACUGUGGCUUUGACCCCCUUUUGUCUCCGCUGCAGUCCAGCCCUCCGCCUGUCACACAGCAGCGUCGGGGUAAACUUGGUGCGAGCCUCAUCAGAGAAUUUGGUCGCGUUUGCAGAUGUCGUGUGCCACAGAUUCCGCCUGUGGAUCAUAAAAAUUGCUUGCAGCACGCCAUCGGUGACAUCCCCGCAGGCUCCAAACUUCUCGCCACUGAGGAGACGGGGGAGUCGGGUGGCUUCGAACUUAGUGUUGGUGUGUAUGCAACACCGGAUGAGUUUCUGGAGGAGGCCAAAGGAUUACGGCAUCCCUUCGAGACGUUUGCUGUCAUCCCCGACGAAGUGAAACGAAAGCUUCAUGAGGCCUUGGUGAAGGGCCCUGAGUGGGUUGGUAGGCAACGUGUGGCCACUCUCAACAAGUGGUUAGAAUGGGCCAGGGAAUUGGAGGAACCAGAGUCCCGACUUAAGGAGGGCCUCGAACUUGGUGUGAGGUCUGUGUUAGGAUCAAAGAGGCUUCUCUUGCUCAAACGCAUUGCCGAUGACUUGAAGUGGCCCGACGAUGGAUGGUUUGAGGAUACUUGUAAGGGUUUUGGUUUGGUUGGUUGGCAGAAGCCCACUGGUGUCUUUAGAAAGGAGCCUCGUCCCCAGGAGAGGACGGCUGACGAGUUUACUAAGGCCUGUAAGUACAUCCGUCCGGCGCUUUUGGGUAAGGUUUUGUCCGAGGGUCUGAAUGAGCAUUCCUCGGAACUGUGGGAUAAGACUUUGACUGAGGUUGCCGAAGGGUUCUUGGAGGGACCACUUACCGAAGAAGAGCUGACGAGAAGGUACGGCGACGCAUGGGCCCCUGUGCGCCGGUUCGCCGUGAUUCAAUCUUCUGGAGGCAAGCGCAAGUUGAGACCGAUUGACGACUACUCCGAGAACUUAGUUAAUGGUUCUUUUUCUUAUGGGGAUAAGCUAGAUCUAAGGGCACUUGACGAGAUCAUUGCAAUAUGUCGCUUUUGGAUCCGAGCUCACACGACGGAGCAUCAAUUCUUUCUGGACAUGGCCAGCGGACCACCGUUGGUUGGUCGAGUGCACCCUGCUUGGGCGGGUUCGUCGUGGUGUCCUGAACUGUGCACCUUUGAUUUGAAGAAUGCUUAUCGCCAAUUUGCGUUGAACCCGAGCCAUCGUGCCUUCUCCGUCGUUGCCCUUCUCAAUCCGGAUAAUGGCGAGUUGUCUAGGUUGCUGUGGCGGAUAGGUUUGGAAGUCUUCCUGUUCUGGGCCAACUUCGUUGACGAUUAUCCAGUGAUGAGCCCGUGCUGUCUUUCAGGUUCCACCAUGGACACCUUGCUUGUGUUGUCCUCAGUGCUUGGUUUUUCCGCAUCCCUUGACAAACUGAACCCAUUUGCAGACGUCGCCUCCAUGCUUGGGGUCGAGAUUGACUUGAAAGGAGCCAGGGAAGGUGUCAUUCGGAUUAGGAACAAGGAAGGCCGAUCCAGUGAGGUGUGUGAUGCCAUCCGUGAAUGCAUCAGUGAAGGUUGCAUCAAGAUGCGUACUUUUGCCAGGGUUGCAGGUCGUGUCCAGUUCUCCGAUGCGCAAGUCAUGGGGAGAACCGGAAAGCUCGCAUUGGCGGAGCUGAGAGCCGCUUCCACACGCCACGCCUCCCGGUUUGUUCUGGGUCCCCGCGAGAUCGAGGCUUUCGAGUUUCUCAUUGAUCGCCUCUCUUUCGGUUCCCCUAGGGUAGUCCCUUGUGUGGUUGCCCCUAAGCCUGUUUUGAUCUUCACGGACGGAGCAAGCGAACAGUCUGGCAACACCGUUGGAGGUAUUCUUUACUCUCCUUCUGAUGCGCGGCCCCGAUUCUUUUCUUGCGAAGUUCCUUGUGCCUUGGCAGACCGAUGGAGGCAGCAUCUGAAGCAUAUUAUCGGACCCGUUGAGGCGUACGCUGUCGCCCUGGCACGCAAGGCUUUCCACCAGUACAUUUCUGGACAGUACUGCCUUUUCUUCGUUGACAACGACGCUGUCCUUCUUAGCUUUGUGCGAGGAACGUCUAACAGUGAUCACUUUCGAGAGCUGCUUCUCACAUGGGAAUGCUGUGAGAAACAUGGUCCAUCGUGGACAUACUGGACAAGGGUCCCUUCCGCAUCCAAUCCUUCAGACGACCCGUCACGCGGUGAGUUCAGAGCACUUGUUGAGUCGGGUGCAUUACGAGUUAAGUGCUCAUGCCCCAUCUCGGGCAUCCCGCUGGUCGACUUGUAA